ACAUCCAGAACCACCGGAUCCUAUAUCAUUACGGUUCCACUUUUAGUUUUGCACCAACGUUUUCUGUACACUUCCGGUUUUGGCGGCUUUUUCUUCACAUGGCUUAAAUUUUAUUUAAACAUUUGAAAAUACAGGAUGGAUCAGGAUUUGUAUGACGAGUUUGGAAAUUACAUCGGCCCAGAGCUUGAUAGCGAUGACGAUGAUGAAGAGGAUUCUGACGACGAACGGGAGGAGCAUGCUGACAGGGAAUAUGGAGAUGAUGAUGAUGAAAUGGAACAAGAUGAUGACCACAAUGAAAUGCAGGUGGUUCUACACGAGGAUAAGAAGUAUUAUCCAACAGCAGAGGAGGUGUAUGGCCCAGAGGUGGAGACCAUUGUUCAAGAAGAAGACAAUCAACCAUUGACAGAACCAAUUAUUGCCCCUGUCAAAAAGAAGAAAUUUGCCAUGACUGAACAGGAUCUUCCAGCAACUUCAUACAAUAUGGAGUUUUUGGCGGACUUGAUGGACACACCAGAACUGAUCAGAAAUGUAACCCUUUGUGGACAUCUACACCACGGCAAGACUUCUUUUGUUGAUUGUUUGAUUGAGCAAACUCAUCCAGAAAUAUACAGCAGUGAUGACAAAGAUAUUCGUUACACAGACACCCUCUUCACAGAACAAGAGAGAGGUGUUAGUAUAAAAGCCUCCCCAGUGACGCUGGUCCUACCAGAUUCCAGAAAUAAAUCCUACCUGAUGAAUCUGUUUGAUACGCCAGGUCACGUGAAUUUCUCUGAUGAGGUGACCGCAGCUUUCAGGAUCAGUGAUGGAGUGGUCAUAUUCAUUGACGCAGCAGAGGGAAUCAUGCUGAACACUGAAAGGCUCCUCAAACAUGCUAUCCAGGAGAAGCUCCCUGUCACCAUCUGUCUGAACAAGAUUGAUCGGCUUAUGUUGGAGCUGAAGCUCCCUCCCACUGAUGCUUACUACAAGUUGAGACAUACUCUGGAGGAGGUUAACUCGCUUCUGAGUGUUUACUCAGAAGAUGAGACUGGUGUGACAGUUUCUCCACUGCUUGGAAAUGUGUGCUUUGCCAGUUCUUACUACAGAUUCUGUUUCACUUUGGGGUCUUUUGCCAAGAUUUACAGUGAUUCAUUUGGUGGGAUAAACGACAAAGAAUUUGCAAGAAGACUUUGGGGUGACAUUUACUUCAAUAGUAAAACGAGAAAAUUCACAAAAAAACCUCCCUCGAGUUCAUCUCAAAGAAGCUUUGUGGAAUUUGUUCUGGAACCUAUGUACAAGAUUUUUGCUCAGGUUGUUGGUGAUGUGGAUGAAUGCCUACCAAGGCUGUGUGAUGAGUUAGGUAUAUCACUUACGAAGGAGGAGAGGAAAUUGAACAUUCGACCUUUGCUAAGGCUUGUUUGUAACCGGUUCUUUGGAGAUUUCACUGGGUUUGUGGACAUGUGUGUGAACUUUAUAAAGUCCCCAGUGGACAAUGCCCAGACCAAAAUAGAACACAUCUACACAGGAGGCUCAGACAGUGACCUAGUGGAGCAUAUGUGUCAGUGUGACCCAGAUGGACCUUUAAUGAUCCACACCACCAAACUAUAUCCCACCCAGGACGCGACCAGUUUUCAUGUGCUUGGCCGCAUCAUGAGUGGAACUCUAUUAGCCAAUCAGGAAGUCCGAAUUCUGGGAGAGAAUUAUUCUCUCCAGGACGAGGAGGACUCCAGAUUUGGACAAGUAGGACGUCUCUGGAUUUCUGAGGCCAGGUAUAAGGUGGAGGUUAAUCGUGUGCCAGCAGGGAACUGGAUCCUGAUUGAGGGCAUUGACCAACCAAUUGUGAAGACAUCAACCAUUACUGAUGUGUCUAACUCUGAUGAGGUGUACAUUUUCAGACCACUAAAAUUUAAUACAAGUUCUGUCAUCAAAAUAGCAGUGGAACCUGUUAAUCCCUCAGAACUUCCAAAAAUGUUGGAUGGAUUACGGAAGGUCAACAAGAGUUAUCCACUCCUUACCACCAAGGUAGAGGAGUCUGGAGAACACAUUAUACUGGGUACAGGGGAGCUGUACCUGGACUGUGUCAUGCAUGACCUGAGAAAGAUGUACUCAGAAAUAGAUAUCAAGGUAGCUGACCCAGUUGUCUCUUUCUGUGAGACAGUGGUGGAAACAUCUUCACUGAAGUGUUUUGCUGAAACUCCCAACAAGAGGAAUAAGCUGACAAUGAUUGCUGAACCUCUGGAGAAAGGUUUGGCGGAGGAUAUAGAAAAUGAAGUUGUACAAAUCACCUGGCCUAGGAAAAGACUAGGAGAGUUUUUCCAGACAAAGUACGAUUGGGAUCUGUUGGCUGCUCGAUCUAUCUGGGCCUUCGGACCAGAUGCCACAGGUCCAAAUAUCUUGGUGGACGACACGCUGCCAUCAGAGGUAGAUAAAAGUUUACUUGGAGCUGUGAAGGACAGCAUCGUCCAAGGAUUUCAGUGGGCAACCAGAGAAGGUCCACUGUGUGAUGAACCCAUCAGGAAUGUAAAGUUUAAGAUUCUGGACGCAGUGAUUGCCCAGGAGCCCUUACACCGUGGUGGAGGUCAGAUAAUCCCCACUGCUAGGAGAGUGGCCUACUCUGCUUUCUUGAUGGCCACUCCUCGUAUGAUGGAGCCAUACAACUUUGUGGAGGUGAUGGCCCCAGCUGAUUGUGUGUCAGCAGUUUACACUGUCUUGGCCAAACGCAGAGGUCACGUUACCCAGGAUGCACCAGUGCCAGGUUCGCCACUGUACACAAUAAAGGCAUUCAUUCCUGCCAUUGACUCAUUCGGAUUCGAAACAGAUCUGAGGACACACACACAGGGACAAGCUUUCUGUCUGUCUGUGUUUCAUCACUGGCAAAUUGUGCCAGGAGAUCCCCUGGAUAAGAGUAUCCUGAUUCGACCCUUAGAAGCUCAGCCUGCUACUCAUUUGGCCAGAGAGUUUAUGAUCAAAUCUCGGCGUAGAAAGGGUUUGAGUGAGGAUGUCAGUAUCAACAAGUUCUUCGAUGACCCUAUGUUGCUGGAGUUGGCCAAACAAGAUGUGAUGCAGAGCUACCCAAUGUAAACUGUGUCCAUAAUACAUUACUGACAAUGACUCUUCAGUUGUGCGUUUUUCUCAUAGUGAAUCAUCAUGUUGUCACAAUAAUCAUGAAGAAUAAAUUUUAUGUAUAGAA